GCAUCGAAGAUGAAUUCCCUAUGGGCGGAGGCAGUGUUGCCACUGGGCAUCAUCGCAGGCAUGUUGUCUAUCAUGGGUACCAGUCAAUAUUUCAUUCAAAAAGUUGCCUAUGGUAGGCUGAAGCAUGUAAGAAAUGAUAGAUUUGAUGUAUCCAUGGAGAGGAGAGACAAGCGCCUGCUCGAGCAAGUUGCAGCAAUGCAUUCUUCUAUGAUGAUUGGGCUUAUUCAACUUGAGGGAAUUUUUAAUUGCUAG